CUUUUUGUUCGUCUCCCCAUUCAUGAAAAACAGCAUUACAUUAUAGACAACAUUUAGACAAGAAUAUUAAAGAAAAAAUACAUGGCGACGAGGAUGCAACGAGCCGCAAUAACUGGAUCAAAGACCUUUACUUUUCUUCGAUAUAGUGGUCGCUCACCACUCGGACAUACGACGACUAUCACAAGAACUCCAGUAGCUAGAUCAUAUCAACAUUUUCAAUAUUCAUCACUAAGACGUCGUGCAGCAGCGGUAACAGCAGGGGGGGGGAGCAAAGCCUCACCCAGCUCACGCGGUGGACGUAUCAUCGCUAGAACAACAGCUCCCUCACGAGCAAAUGUUAUUAGAUCCACCGCAGCAGCAACAGCCUCGGCUGUAAACCACAACCAUGGAGCAUACAGUGCAAACAACGUUGCAACGUCACAAGAUCAAGCACCAAGCAAUGUCAUCCAAGGAUUGGAUGUGGCAUCUACACCAGCUGUCGUUCCUGAGGACCCCUUUGGUGUCUUGCAGCCUCACCAUCCUGCUUAUAAAUUGCUUGCCCAGCCUGCACUGAUCAUGACUCGUCAGAUUGAGAUGAUGAAUGUACUUGUGGGAUUCGAGCAAGCCAACAAAUAUGCUAUUGUGGAUCCACAUGGAAACCCGAUCGGAUAUAUUGCAGAGGAAGAUACAACGUUUAUGAAAGCUAUGAGUCGACAGGUGUUUAGGACGCAUCGACCCUUCAAAGCAUCAGUGUUGGAUCUAGAAGGCAAUGAGAUAUUGAAAAUCCAUCGUCCGUUUGCAUUCAUCAAUUCAAGGAUUAUGAUUUCAACUCCCGAUGACCGAUUGAUUGGUGAAGUUCAACAGGAAUGGCAUUUGAUCCGCAGACGAUACAACUUGUUUACGCUCGAACAACCUGACCCAACGACCAUGUCACAGCACGAAGAUCAUACGACGACAGCCAUCUCGACCGAAAGAGAUUUGACGGGUCGAGGAUUGAACCGAGUUCAAUUUGCACAUAUCGAUGGUGGUUUCCUGGCUUUGGAUUUUGAAAUGCAGGAUGAGCAAGGACGAAACAUUGCGAGUGUCAAUCGAAAUUUUGUGGGGUUUGCGAGGGAGCUCUUUACGGAUUCAGGACAGUAUGCACUUCGAUUUGAUGCAGCAGUGAUUCAAGACUUGCAACAGCAACAGGGUCUUGGAGCUACACCUACUACAGCAGCCACGACGGAUCAAGAUUUGCAACAUGCCAAGGAGAUCCAGGCUAAUAAGGAUGAAAAGGCAUUGGCACAAUUGGAGAGCAGAGGUGGACUGACAUUGGAUCAGAGAGCCAUUAUGUUGGCUUGUGCUGUCAGCAUUGAUUUUGAUUACUUUUCAAGGCACUCUGGCAAUGGUGGUAUCAUGCCGAUUCCAAUGAUGAUGGGAGGUGGACAUGCUCCUGUGCCAAGUAACAGUGGAGACAAUCCCAUGGGCACAGUUGUGGGUGCAGGAGCAGGCGCAGGAGCAGGUCAUGUUCUUGGCGAUGCAACAGCAGGAGAUGUUACAGGCGGCGCAGUUGGCACAGGAAGUAUGCCUGGUACUCCGCCGAUGCCAUCUGCUCCUGCUCCUCCAGCCGGGGCCACCAAUGAGUGGGGAGAAGAAAUCUGGGCUGAAGAUGAUUCCUCACCCGGGGAUUCAGGGGACUCUUGGUUUGGAGGAGAAGAAGGAGGAGACUCUUGGCUUGGAGGUUGGUUCGAUGGCUUUGGUGGGGGGGAUUAAAGGAGCUUUUCUCUAGCCAAAAAGAAAUAAUACAUAAUUCAUAUAAACAUGAUAUAUAGAUAUAUAUAUAUACUAUUAAAAAAGAAUAAUUC